AAAAGAGAGCAUUAGAAUUUAGAAACAAAAGAAUACAAAACAAAUAAAUACCUUAGAUGGAGACACCAACCAACCAUAGGGACCAAAUAAAAAAAAGUGCAACGUCACUGAAAAUACAGACACCACAAAAGCAUUAAGAUAAAGAGACCAAUCACAGGAGAUAACGCUGAGAUAAGGCUUCUUACAUCCACCAUCACAUAUUUACGUUACAAAACUACAUGUUAUAACAUUUCGUCAGUCACUAAGCAGAAACAAUUCAAAAUGGCUACCACCACUGCAGCUGCAGCCUCUGGUAUCUUUGGGAUCCGGAUCCAAGAUCCAAGUUCCGGAGCCGGUAGAGUCCAAGCCAAGUUCAAUUUCAGCUUCGGGAAAAAGAAACCAGCUCCACCGCCGAAGAAAACGAAGCAGGUCCAAAACGACGGAGACCGGCUUGUUUGGUUCCCCGGCGCAAACCCGCCGGAAUGGCUAGACGGUUCGAUGAUUGGAGACCGUGGAUUCGACCCCUUCGGUUUAGGUAAACCGGCUGAGUAUCUUCAGUACGAUUUCGACGGGCUUGACCAGAACCUCGCGAAGAACGUGGCGGGUGAGCUCCUUGGGGUCAGGCAGGACUCGAAGGAGAUCAACCCGACACCGUUUCAGCCAUACACUGAAGUGUUCGGGAUCGAACGUUUCAGAGAAUGCGAGCUGAUCCACGGAAGGUGGGCCAUGCUUGGUGUUCUUGGGGCUCUUGCCGUCGAAGGUCUCACCGGGAUCGCCUGGCAAGACGCCGGAAAGGUGGAACUGGUGGAAGGUUCAUCGUAUUUGGGACAGCCAUUGCCAUUUUCCUUGACGACAUUGAUAUGGAUCGAGGUGUUAGUGGUUGGUUACAUCGAGUUCCAGCGUAACGCUGAGCUGGAUCCGGAGAAACGUAUCUACCCGGGUGGGUAUUUUGACCCGUUGGGACUCGCUGCUGACCCAGAGAAGUUGGAUACCUUGAAGCUGGCUGAGAUCAAACACUCUCGUCUCGCCAUGAUCGCAUUCCUCAUCUUUGGACUUCAGGCGGCCUUUACCGGCAAAGGCCCCAUCAGCUUCCUUGCUACUUUUAGCAGUUAAAAAUGAGCCUUUCUAUCUUUAUUUUCUAUGUAUGUUUUCUAAAAUCAUCUAAAACUAAAAAUUUAUGUUUAUCAUAAAGAGGCUGUGAUGUACUCUAUCGACCGUGUUAAAUCUGAACGAGUUUGUUUAUUGUU